CAGGUAUAUCCGAACCAUGUACCUGGGGAUCCAGAGCCAGCGGCAGAAGGAACACCAGCGGCGCUUUUACUGGGCUAUGAUGUACGAAUAUGCAGACGUAAACAUGUUGCGCCUCCUGGAGACUUUCCUCGAGAGCGCCCCCCAACUGGUGCUACAGCUCUGCAUUAUGAUCCAAAAGAACCGUGCAGAAACAUUACCAUGUGUGUCCUCUGUGGCGUCCCUGAUGUCCCUGGCUUGGGUGCUAGCCUCCUAUCACAAGCUUCUUCGGGACUCUAGGGACGACAAGAAGAGUAUGAGCUACAGAGGGGCCCUCAUACAUCUCUUCUGGCGCCUCUUCACCAUCUCAUCCAGAGUUAUUUCUUUUGCUCUCUUUGCUUCCAUCUUCCAGCUCUACUUUGGGAUCUUUGUAGUGGUCCACUGGUGCGCCAUGGCUUUCUGGAUCAUCCAUGGCGGGACAGACUUCUGCAUGUCUAAGUGGGAGGAGAUCCUCUUCAACAUGGUGGUAGGGAUUGUGUACAUUUUCUGCUGGUUUAAUGUCAAGGAAGGGCGGACUCGAUACCGAAUGUUUGCAUAUUACACUGUAGUCUUGACAGAGAAUGCUGCCUUGACACUCCUUUGGUAUUUUUACAGAGAUCCUAACACUACUGACUCAUAUGCCGUGCCAGCACUGUGUUGUGUCUUUCUUAGCUUUGCUGCUGGGAUAGCUUUGAUGCUGUUAUAUUAUGGUGUGCUGCAUCCCAUGGGGCCAAGAGCUAAGAUUUUUGCCAGCUCCUGUUGUGCCGAGCUGCUCUGGGGCAUUCCUUUGCCCCCUGAUGUUGAGCCCAUGGCACCUCAAACCCCUGGGUACCGGGGGGCCCAGGCUACGCCUACCAGAGCGGUCACGGAGCAACAGGAGGAACUCACAGCUGACACUUGCUUGCCAGUUUUCCAGGUGAGAGCAAUGGUGCCAUCUACUCCAUCUGGGCGGGCCUACUACCCAGAAGGUCCUCUCAUUAAGAUUGACAUCCCGAGAAAAAGGUACCCCGCAUGGGAUGCUCAUUUUGUAGACAGGAGGUUAAGAAGGACUAUCAACAUUCUCCAGUAUGUCACCCCCACAGCCGUAGGUAUUAGGUAUAGAGACGGACCUCUCUUAUAUGAGUUGCUACAAUAUGAAUCUUCACUUUAAAGCUCCUUUAAAAAAGAAAAAAAAAAUCGUAAAAGAGGGGACCUUAUUUUUGUUUACGGUAAAUACAGAUCAUGAAACAAACACAACCCUUCCGAUAAGCUUUCUUUCUGGUUGCUGUAUGUAUAAAAAAAAAAAAAAAAGAUAUUCUCUAUGUUUUGUAAGUAAAAACAAAAAGAAAAACUUUUCUUUUGUUUUUUACAUGCAAGAAACAGUAUUUCAACUUCCACACCUAGGAUCCAGAGGUGGAGAAGAGGCGUCUCCGUAUCCGUUUUAUACCUUAUACCAAGUGUAGAACAUUAUUUAUGGGAUUGGUGCUGAUUGAAAAAUAAAAACAAACAAACAAACAAACAAACCUACAACUGCCUUAUGCCCUGAGGUGCUGAGUUUCAUUAAGUACUGUCACCUUUCUCAUGCAAAACUCUUCAGUGAUUUUAUGCCAGGAAAAAAA